CCCCAUGACGUUUCAAGUCUCAACUAUAACGUCUACAGAGUACAACUAAGUUUUUUCACUAUAUAGUAUAAAUAAUGGUUUAAUGUAUUGUGUGGUAUUUGUUUUACAAACAAAACAAUUAAGAGAUUUUUUUUUAUAAUAAUAAUUAAUAACCCUUGGGAAACUUUAGUAGAAUCUUUAAACUUUUAGUGCGAAUUAAAUUGUGUGAACUUGGUGUAAAUGUCGCAAGGAGCAAAUAUGCCUACAAUUGGAGGUAUGACUCCAGGAACCAUACAAUAUGUGAAUAAUCCACUUCAAAGUCCACAAUUACAAACAUCGUCAAUACAAGGCUCCCCAUCGCAGCAUAGUCCAAUGGGCCAAGCACAAGUAUCAACAAAAACCAAUCAAGGAUCUGGCGAUCAAACAACACAGCUCUUAAGCAGACCCCGAUUACAAGAAUUAGUUAGAGAAGUGGACCCCACAGUUCAACUAGAUGAAGAGGUGGAAGAGAUGUUGCUGCAGUUAGCUGAUGACUUUAUUGACACUACACUAAAUGCUGCCUGUUCACUUGCUAAACAUAGACAUGCUCCAACAGUGGAGCUAAAAGAUGUUCAGUUACAUUUAGAGAGACAAUGGAAUAUGUGGAUACCUGGCUUUGGCAAUGACGACCUAAGACCCUACAAGAGGGCCCCCGUAACAGAAGCACAUAAACAGAGAAUGGCUCUUAUUAGAAAAACAAUAAAGAAAUACUAGAAAAUUACUUUGGAUAAUAAAUUACUAUUAUU